AGUCCGUUGUACAUGAGGUAUCAAUUAAUACAUAUCAACAGUACAAUAUAUAUUUUAAUUGGGAGUAGAAAAAACAUGUCAUAUUCUGUUGUGCGAAGUGAAAAUUAUUUUUGCUUUUGUUCUAUCGUUAUUCGACAUCUAAAAUAUUGACAGAAGUACGGUGGGCUAUUUUUUCUUCUUUCCCUACAGUCCAUUACUUCAAUAUCAUCUGGUUCGAAACCCC